AUGGCCCAAGAUAGUGACCUGUCAAAGAGCCCCGAUAUGGGCAAAGGGAAGGCAGUCGACAGUGGUCGCAAGGCGGAGGCACAGAAGGACAAGCCUGUGGCCAACGGCAAGAAGGGAGAUGAGAAGAGCGAGUCCUCUGAAGAACUUAGCGAAGAGGACCAGCAGCUCAAGAGCGAGCUGGACAUGCUCGUGGAGCGGUUAACUGAAUCAGAUGCCACGCUCUACAAGCCGGCCCUCGAGGCGAUGAAAACUUUCAUCAAGACAUCGACCUCCUCGAUGACAGCGGUUCCGAAGCCCCUAAAAUUCUUACGGCCGCACUAUGAGACUUUGACAAAGCUGUACGAUCAAUGGCCGGCGGGUGACGACAAAAACUCGCUGGCAGACGUGCUCUCUGUGAUCGGCAUGACAUUUUCGGACGAGGAGCGCCAGGACACCUUGAAGUAUCGCCUACUCCACCCGAAAGGCGACAUUGCCGGUUGGGGCCACGAAUAUGUGCGGCAUCUUGCCCUUGAGAUUGGCGAGGUCUACCAGAAGCGGAUCGCCGCUGAUGAACCAACCCAGGAUCUGGUCGACCUCGCAUUGAUCCUCGUUCCCCUGUUCCUCAAGGCCAACCAGGAGGCGGAUGCUGUCGAUCUCAUGAGCGAACUGGAAAUUAUUGAAGAGCUCCCUCGGUUUAUUGACGAGAACACGUACCGGAGGGCAUGCCUGUACAUGGUGUCCAUGGUCAACUUGCUUACCUACCCCGAGAAUGAGCAGUUCCUGCGGGUCGCGCAUAGCAUUUACAAGACCUACAAGCAGUAUACGCAGGCUAUGGUUCUUGCCAUCAGGCUUAACGACAUCGACCUUAUCUGGUCCGACUUUCAAGAGGCCCCUGACCCCGCGCUCAAGAAGCAACUUGCCUUCCUCAUCGCUCGCCAGAGGAUAUGUCUCGAAAUCCCAAGGGAGACCCCAGAGGAUGAGGAGAUUUUUGAGUGCCUUGGGAACGUGAAGCUGUCGGAGUAUUUCAAAACGCUAGGCAAGGAGCUUAACAUCCUGGAACCCAAGACCACCGAAGACAUUUACAAGAGCCACUUGGAGAACAGCCGUGUUGCGGGCAUGACCAACUUUGACUCUGCUCGGAACAACCUUGCGGCUGCUUUUGUCAACGCCUUCGUGAACGCUGGAUUUGGUAACGAUAAGAUGAUGCUCGUCAACCAGGACAAGGAGAGCUGGGUGUGGAAAACCAAGGAGGAAGGCAUGAUGUCAACUGUGGCAUCCCUUGGUACCCUCUUGUUGUGGGAUAUUGAGAAUGGCCUCGACCAGGUUGAUAAGUACACAUACCUUGAAGAGGAGCAGAUUCAAGCGGGAGCUUAUCUCGCCAUUGGUAUCAUGAACUCUGGUGUUAGGCUGGAUUCUGACCCAGCCAUGGCUCUUCUUGCCGAUAAUGACAAGCUCAACCACAAGAACCCGCUCAUUCGGGUUGCCGCUAUCAUGGGCCUGGGUUUGGCCUAUGCCGGAUCUAACAAGGAUGAGCUUCUUCCAUUCUUGUUGCCCAUCAUUAUCGAUACAUCCCAGGAGAUGCGGGUCUCUGCCAUGGCGGCUCUUGCUUGCGGUAUCAUAUUCGUCGGCUCCUCGCACCCGGAGGUUAGCGAGGCCAUCAUUACUACCCUGCUGGAUGAUGAUCGCAAGAGCCAGCUGACUGACAAGUGGACUCGAUUCUUGGCGCUUGGUCUGGGCCUGCUCUUCUUUGGCCGUCAGGAGGAAGUUGAGGUCAUCCUCGAGACUUUGAAAGCGGUGGAGCAUCCCAUGGCCAAGCCAACGUCAGUUCUUGCCUCGAUCUGCGCCUGGGCCGGCACCGGCGCCGUUCUUAAGAUUCAGGAGCUCCUGCAUCUUUGCAAUGAGCAUAUGGAAGAGUCAGAUGAGAAGAAGGGCGAUGAGUUGCUUCAGGCUUAUGCCGUGCUCGGCAUCGGUCUGGUCGCCAUGGGCGAAGACAUUGGCCAGGACAUGGUUCUCCGCCAUUUCGGUCACCUCAUGCAUUACGGCGAGGCCAAUAUUCGGCGAGCUGUGCCGCUAGCAAUGGGUCUUGUUAGCCCUAGCAACCCUCAAAUGAAGGUAUACGACACGCUGUCGCGGUACAGCCAUGAUAACGACAACGAUGUCGCUCUGAAUGCCAUCUUCGCCAUGGGUCUUCUGGGCGCUGGCACUAAUAAUGCCAGAUUGGCACAGCUGCUGCGUCAACUUGCCAGUUACUACGCUCGUGACCAGGAGUCGCUCUUCAUGGUCCGCAUCGCUCAAGGCCUCCUACACAUGGGCAAAGGCACCAUGUCCAUUAGCCCCUUCCACACCGACCGCCAAAUUCUGUCACGUGUCUCUGCCGCUGGCCUGCUGACUGUACUCAUCGCCAUGAUCGAUGCCAAGCAGUUUAUCACGUCCAAGUCGCAUUGGCUGCUCUACUUCCUCAUUACAGCCAUGCACCCGCGGUUCCUCAUUACCCUCGACGAGAACCUCAAGCCGGUUACUGUCAAUGUGCGUGUUGGCCAAGCUGUCGAUGUCGUCGGCCAGGCAGGUCGGCCCAAGACUAUUACUGGCUGGCAGACACAGAGCACCCCGGUACUGCUUGCGUAUGGCGAGCGUGCUGAGCUCGAGGAUGAUGAGUACAUCAGCUUGAGCAACACCCUUGAAGGCCUGGUUAUUCUCCGCAAGAAUCCGGAAUGGGAUGGUGGUAGAUAG